GGUAGCUCAAGAAGAAAGAGAAAGAGAGAGAGUCUAAACAGAAAGAGAGAGAGAGAGAGAGAGAGAGAGAAGGACCGAAGCUCGUGUCUUUUCCACAUGCCGGUUGAUUUAGAUGAUUCCUCCACGGUUUCCGGCGACGCAAGCGUCUCCUCCACCGGAAACCAAAACCCACCUCCACAAUCCGCCGUGAAGAAGAAACGUAACCUCCCCGGAAUGCCUGAUCCAGAUUCAGAGGUGAUAGCUCUGUCACCCAAAACUCUCAUGACAACAAACCGAUUCGUAUGCGAAAUCUGCAGCAAAGGCUUUCAGCGAGACCAGAAUCUUCAGCUUCACCGUCGCGGUCACAACCUACCCUGGAAGCUUCGACAGAGAUCGAGCAAAGAGGUGAGGAAGAAAGUCUACGUUUGUCCUGUCUCUGGCUGCGUUCAUCACGACCCUUCGCGUGCCCUUGGUGAUCUCACUGGGAUCAAGAAACACUUUUGUCGGAAACACGGCGAGAAGAAAUAUAAGUGCGAGAAAUGCUCCAAGAGUUACGCUGUUCAAUCGGAUUGGAAAGCUCAUUCCAAGAUUUGCGGUAGUAAGGAGUAUAGAUGUGAUUGUGGAACUCUCUUUUCUAGAAGAGAUAGCUUCAUAACGCACAGAGCUUUCUGUGAUGUGUUGGCUGAGGAGAGUGCCAAGAAUCAUACUCAAAGCAAGAAGCUUUACCCUGAAACAGUCUCCGAAUCUCAACAGAAAUCUCCAGCCGCCGUUGAAUCUCCUCCUCCUUCUCCUUCUCCGCCGCCUGUUGCACCGUCUGUUUCUGUUUCUGUUGAGAGUGAGACUGAGCCUGAGCCUGCCAAUAUCGCAUCCUCCUUGGUUUUGCCGAUUCAAGAUUCUUCAGAUGAUCCAGAAAACAACACUCUUGAAGUCAUUAUGGAGGAAGCUCCGGGGACGAUCGGUUUGAAUGGGAGCAAUGAUCACAGUAACAACAGCAAGAGCGUGUACGCAGCCUUGUUUGCAUCAUCAUCAUCAUCAUCGCCUAGUUUAUAUGCUGCUUCCUCAACACCUUCCCCUAGUCUAUUCCCACCAUCUUCCUCCAUGGAGCCCAUAUCUCUCUGUCUCUCCACGACGGGUCCUUCUUUGUUCGGAGCAACAAUACAAGAUCCACCUCCACCACAUUUUCUAACCCCUCUCCUUCCUCCUCCUCAACCAGCGAUCUCAGCGACAGCACUGCUCCAAAAAGCUGCACAAAUGGGUUCCACUGGUUCAGGUGGUUCGUUACUCCGCGGGUUAGGCAUAGUGUCGACCACUUCUUCACCUAUGGAACUCAGCAGCCACGAUGCGGGGUUUGGUCUUGGCCUGGGACUACCUUGUAGUAGCGGACCGGGUCUGAAAGAGCUGAUGAUGGGGAACUCUUCAGUGUUUGAUCCGAAGCAGACAACACUUGACUUUCUCGGAUUGGGAAGAGCUGUUGGUAAUGGAGGUAACAAUACAGGUGGCGGCUUGUCUGCUCUGUUUGGAGGUGGCGGUGGAAUGGAUGUGUUUGGAAGUGGGGAGUUAUCAGACAAUGACACUGGUAGAAGAAGUUCGUAAGAGACAUUAAAGUAGAACUAGUGUUAUUAGGUUUUUUAAAGUAUUGUAUCAAAUUUUAGUAAUCUUAUAAUAGUGAAAGCUUGUAGUGUUGUUAUUCCCAGCUUAGUACAUAAAGCUUCUUCUAGCUAAAGCA